AGGUACUGCAGAACUUGCGAACGCCUUCCAUUAUGUUUCUUCUCGCGUGGAAAGAUUCCUAACUUGCUCACGGCGACGGCACCUCCAUUGAUGUGCAAUGUUGAUCAUACCGGUCUUUGGUAGUUACUGGGCCUACUGAAUGCCCCUGAGUCAGGGCAAAGGCAAUCAGACGCUGAGGAUGUGUCAUUAGGGAUGACGGGAAUGCCCGCAGUACAUGAACAUAAGGGGCGGACCAAUGUGGGGCACAACAAGCCUUGGAAAUGCCAUGGAGAUAAGGCAUGCUUCGCCAUGUUCGGUAAUUGGUCGUGUGCUCGAGAGAUGGCGAGAGGCAGCAAACAAGCUUGGCAAAUCUUGGUCGACGAUCAGGAUACCAGAUUAUCUGGCUUGGCCAUCAUUUUUUUUGACCUUCAUCAGACCAUUAUGAAUUCGACUUCACUGGUCACUUGUUGCAGCAGACUGAUGACCGGGUUAUACCGGCAGCUCGAGACGAGGCACCCGUCUGCAAAUGAAGCCCUCAAUUAUCCAUUACCUACCUACCUUACCCUGGGCUCGCCCACUUACCGGGUGACGCGGCUGUUGCUCGAAAGUCUCGCGUGCCCGGCGCAAUUGAGGCCUCUGAUGAAGGUGGAGGAGGAUUGGGGCAUGCUCCAUCCGCCGAGCCCGAGGUCAUAUCAACCUGGAAGAAUCAAGUAUACUUUCCACCCCUUGUCAAAUCACGGGCAGACCCGUAUCGUCAUGCUUUUUUGAUAUGCAACCCGGACCGCCUUGUUCUCAGACCUGCACUUGUAACCCCAUGUUCAUUCUCUUUCGGCCACGUCUCAUUCUUAUGCU